AUGGAGAUUGUGGAGAGUGUGAGGAUCUGUAUGGCAAAGGCUCUUGAUAAGGCUACUGCUGAUGGACAUAACGUGGAUAGUGGACUCAAAGCUAUUGGGCUUACAAAUCAGCGAGAGAUCACUGUUGUGUGGUACAAAUCCACAGGGCUACCUCUUUACAACGCCAUUGUUUGGAUGGAUGUCCGUACGAGUUCAUUUUGCAGGUAUAAAGUUGCAGCUGUAAAGAGAACUCAGAAUCAACUCCAAAAUCUCAAAUUCCAAAAUCUUGUUGAACAUCUGUUAAAAUUGGAGUCUAGAAUUCGUGCAUGUUACCAUAAGUACUUGAAUUUCAGUGGGGAAACUUUGGCCUGGAUGAUGGCUGUGGACGCCUCAUUUUUGCUCGAGUUUCUUCACAUCUACGCCGUUAAAGAAGGUAAGGUUCUAAUUACAGUUUCUUCCUCGAGGAUGUCACACUUAGUCGAUGCUGCUGGGAGAAAAUCAGCACAUAACGCCAUACUUAGAGAUUUAGCAAUGCUUGAAAAUCAAAUACCAUUAUUCGUGUUAAGGAAAAUUUUGGAACUUCAGUUCUCAUCUUUAGAAUUGGCAGACGACAUGCUGAUGGCUAUGUUAGUGGGAUUAUGUAAGGAGCUUUCUCCUUUCAAAAUGGUGGAAAUUUUCCCAGAGGUUAAAGUAAGAGAAUCUGCUCAUUUGUUGGACUUUUUGUACCAAAUGAUCGUGCCUAAAUUGGAAUUAGGAACUUCUGAAAUUACAGAAGAUCAUGAUCAGGACCAAUGUCGUAAUGAUACCGUCGCUUCGGCGACUCAAUUGGGGGUUCCAGUUGCUGAGACGGGAGGUAGUUCCUCAGCGGCUGCUAAUGUGGGUGAGGCAAGCACUCCUUCGGCGGCUGCGGCGGAUGCUGUAGGGGAAUUCUAUAUUUUGGAACUGGAAGUUAAUUACUCUGGAUGGUUUGUUAAGUACCAUGUUAACUUGGAUUUUUUGCCCAAUUUGUACCCUGUUAUGGUGAAUCAAGAAAUGAAUCCACCAGAAGAAUAUGCCUAUACAAACGUGUUUUCGACGAUUUGUUUUCUUGAUGAUGAGAAAGAUAAGGCAAGGUUAUUGUUAUCAAUUCCUGGUAAAAUCAUUUCGUAUGACAUGAAUGAUGAGAUGAUCGAAGAGCUAGCGGAUGUGAAGCCUGCUAGUUUCAGGCUUUUCAUUGAUGGGGCUCGCUAUGAUGGCUUUGAAAUGUUCAAAUAUGUUGAGACUUUGGCUUGUGUUUGA